AUGGUUCUCUACAUCGCCUCUGCCACCAGCCAACUCUUCGGCUGUGGCACCCUCAAGUGCGACUGCGAGAUUGAGAACCGCACCCUGAGUGCCCUGGGCCAAGCGUCCUUCAACUCCUCCUACAUCAACAACGGCACAAUGCCCCUAACCUGGACCAUCGGCCUCCAAGAGACACAGGACCCCGAUCAGCGGUCCAAAGACCUCAUAGACCAAUCCUUCUAUCUCGACCUGCCACAGAACAUCAGCCUCAGCGACACCACCGCGUUCGGCGGAUGUGCUCUGUUCUUCACAGACAUGACUACCCUGCUCAAGUUCAAGUUCACAGACCCAGAGCAUGGCACAUGCCAGGAUAUAAUUGGUACAGACUGUGUUCAGGAUAUGAUAUCCCUAGCUAAGCAGGAGGCGAGCCCGGACAGCUCCAUGUCAAACAACCGGACCCUCGAUACAGAGGAGUUCUGUCGCGAUCUUGCUGUAGCGCUGUACACCCACACCCCAAAGUCAUGUCCGCUAUGGUUGGGGCGCUCGCAGGAGAGUAUCCAUGUGGAUGUCCUGACCGGCCCGUCCGCCUCCCGGCCCAUCGAAGACUUGCGCUCCUGCCGUCCCACCACUGGGAAGAACUACAGCGUCUCCAUGGUAGAGAGCUACCGUACCGCGGUCCCGUACGGAACUCCGGAAUUGAACGCGACAUUGCAUGGUCUGACCCCUGUGAUGACGGUGUUUUACCCCAACUCGUCGUCGUCGCAGCGAGAUAUGCCGGUUGACGUCCACUUUACGUGCUUGACAGUUGCGGGACCGAAUUAUACAAGCACGUUAAAGAACUCCCUCGAGGCGACUGGGAUUCGGGCAGUGAAUUUGUGGAGUUCUGUCGGCCUGGGGUUGAUGUCUGCGGUGUUCUUAUGGUUUUAG